GCGACCUACCGGUAUAUGACAUAGUCCCACUCAAUGUUUGGACAGAACGGUUAUACAGGGAGUGCUAAUGGCUGGACGGUAUAUCCUCACUGCGUUUCUAAUGACUAUUUUGGGAGUAUCGUUGGGUUCCUCUGUGCGAUGUGAGCCAUGUAUUUGGGGUUCCACAACACAUGUAUACUCAAGAUCUGAAGAUGACGCACUCCAUUUGAUUGCAUCAUAUGAUGAUGGGGCCGCUCUGUAUGCACCGGGAAAUGGCUACUACACGAAAACUUUUUCCUUACCUCGUUGUCACAUCGACAUUAUUGGACUAUCACUUCAGGUGAAAGGUGUUUGCAAGCUAGGUAUCUCAAUGCAUAGUUCCCAACUGGAAACGAUGGAUGCAGAAUUAAUAGUAAGCCAGCCAGGUACAUCCUACACAAAAAGGAUUUGUGCCUUUUUCACACCUCCAAUAAAUUUGAUGAAUGUUCCCUAUCCAUCAACUCUGCUGGUUAACGUUACAAAUAAUGUGUCGGGUGGGCAAUGUUCGGUGUAUCCAACACGUAAUUCGAUAAUGACUGGGGCCUUCUUUCUCCACCUCAAUUAUACAGAUGAAUGCAUGAGGCCGCAAGCGAAGCACCUUGAAAUAUCAACGUGCACGAAUACUAGCUUUCUUAACACGGGACGGCUUGCCAAUGGUAGUCGAGGUACAACGUCUCUACCUUCAUCGAUUCAUGGAGAGUUUGGACCCAGCGACCCUAUCACUGACGAUACAGGUAUGAACGCUACACAGAAUGUGGAAGCUAGUACAAAUUCUGCUUCCAUACCACCCGAGAAACAGCCAAAGGAAUCUGGUAGCUCGCUUGCAACAGCUGUCGGAGCCGUCAUUGGAUUCAUGAGCGUAUUUGUUUUGGCAGCUGUGCUUUACGUUCUGUGGAGACGGCAUUCCAAGCACCGUCUGAGAGGGGAUGCAGUCGAACGACAAGACGUUCCGCUUCCAAGACGUCCAUCUACACCUGAGAAUUUGGACAGAACUGCCACCUUGUAUUCAGCUGUUGGACCAGGUCACGGAAUAUUGCAAGCGCACGUCUCGAAUGCUAGCCCGGAUCAUGACGGUUCCAUGCAACCCGAGAGCGCUGUGUAUGCAACAGUGUCGGAAGAGCCCACCGGUGCAUCGUGCAAACUAGUUGGUCAACGCAUUCACGCAACACCUCCGACCCCUUUUGAAUCCAGAGACCAAGAGGAACCCCACGAUGAAUCAUCAAUCGCCACAGACGUGUAUGCAAUGCCGCAAAACACGAAGAAGGAACCUCAAUACACCGAGCCCAAGAAGAAUGCUAGAGUCAAGAUAACGGCCACCAAUUGCAGUUGUGAGGACGCGGCCACAUCUGCUGAAUCAACUGGAAGUGACCUUGGAGGACCAAUUCCAGUACGUACUUCCGACAUACAAGGCAGUGCAGAAGUGGAGGACACCGAUGAUGAUGGAAUCUAAGGUGAAAUUUUAAAGUCUACUACACAUAUGCAUGAGUACUCCGUAGUAAACAUUGCUGCAAAGAAGAAGCCCGCGUCCGACCAAACCAAUGACGAUGCUGGAGACAGCUGCGCUCAGCAAUCUGCUGUCAACACGUAAAGUCACAGCACAGAUCACCACCGUUUAAUUUUAAUUGGAAAAGGAGCCCUUGUUCACGGGAAGACACUUACAGACAUUAACGGGAAAGAAUUUUAAACCGCUGCAAGACAAAUGUACAUUUGAUAUUCAGAUCUUAUAAUUCCCACCACCCACUUUGAUUCACCAUUGCCUAUGCACCAAAGUAUUCAUUGGACGAUACUUACAUUUAAGAUUCCUACAACUUCAAAUACGCCUCUAUACUCGUAAUACCUAAUAUGACUUUGUUACCUCUUUCGAUGUGCACUGUAUUCCUUGGUAUGAUAAUGUUCCAAGAUUUGAUGUCACGCUCGUUACUCACGGGCGCUCGAUAAGUCUCGAUUUCACCCCCCUUCUCACAUAUGCAAUAUUCCUUCGCCUCGAUUCAUUUUUAAUUCGAAUCUUAAACUGGCAAAAUUAUUUGCCAAAAGUCUGGGUCCAUGUUUUAAACAAGUGUUAGUGCUAAAUCUACGUCACGAUAACCUUAGGUUUCUGGUAGUUACGAGUGCAUCGACAGUUCAGACCCAAUCCUCAGUCCCAACCCAACAUAUUAAAUACAGUUCACAAUUUCUCGUCAUAAGGAUAACCCCCAUGUUCAAAUUGAUACACCCCGUUUUCUAUAAGAAGGUUAAUUUUCUUAUACUAAACUGCCUAAGAACUAUUCCAUCUUUUCGACAACUUCCGCGUGUUUGGCUUUGAAAACAUUGUUGUGCAACAACCCGUACCUCAACACAACAUUACCCAUUAUUUUCUUUGAUCCUUGCUAUUCUAUUGUUACACUUUAAACUAUAUUUGACUUAUGAAGCCAUAUAAUUUGCAUUACUAAAACCAAAAUCAAUUUCUU